ACACUGGAGUCACAGUGGCAGCGCUCUGGAGCCCCUUUCCUAGCAAGGGGAGGUCCGUGUUCUCUCUUGACACUCCUAGCUGCCACGUGCCAGGCUGGAGGGGGCCAUGGAGGGAGAGGAGAAGCAGCCACAGCAUAAAAUAGAAGAUGCUGGUAUAGCAUGUGUAACUGAAAGAAAAGAAGAAAUCAAAAAUGAAAAAAGUCCUGAGAAAAGCACACAACACUCAAAACCGUGUGUGGACAGAAGACGUGUAGAUUAUGCUAAAUUCAUAUACACAAAUGAAAAAACAUAUAAUGAGCCAGUUCCCUACAUUGAUAAUAAAGGGCCAGAAAAUCAGAGAAAAUGGUGGUUCCAUAGUGAAGCACCAAAACAGAUCUUCCAGCCAUCUUAUGACACCAAGAGCAUCCAGCGGAGUGACUUCCAGAAGCCAGCAUGCCCACUGGUUUUGCCAGUCAAACACAGCAGGAUGCAAAAGCCUUCCUGUGGAAUAGUUCCACUUACCUAUCUGGAUGUAUCAGGAGAACAUGAGAACAAUUUUGUAGAAUAUAUCUCUUUCACACAUCAAUAUGAUGCCAGGAGAACUCCCAAUGAGCCCAUCCGAGGAAAGAGACACGGAACCUUCGUGCAGAGAAAGAUAAAGCCAGGGACUACGCCAAUAGUUCCUGCGGGACCAGAGGUAUUAUUGAACACUCUAGGGUCAAGUUCAUCAGAACAGCCUAAAAAAACAGACAAAGGAAAUUCAUCAGGAGACAAAGUGACCUCACCAGGCCUGUGCCAACAGAAUUCCCAAGAGUUGCUGGAGACUUAGAACAGCUUAUCAGAACCAGAAGGCAGCCUAGCCCAGCAGACCCAGAAGCCUGGAUAUGGGAGAUCACUGGAAUAGUGUUCUCAACUGUAGGGCAAGCUCUUCUUCCCAGGCAUAGGCCUUUAAACCCACUAAUAAAAAAGUCAGGGUAAAUGAGGGUAA